UAUGCUGAUUGUCGUUUAAUAAUUCUCUGAAGUCAGACAUUUUGAAGGUGCGCGAUACUUCAUGUAAGAAAAUUAAUCUUUAUCAAUAGUGUGGCAUUGUGGGAUACGUGAAUGUUAAAAAAUAUAAAAUAAUAAAAGUUUAUAAACAUUUUUAUUACGAUUUUCAACCUAAAAGAUGCCAGAAGGCUCAGAAAGCUUUUCAAAUCCAUAUGCACCUGUCAACCUUGCUUCCAGCAUCGAUGACGAUGGACCAGCUCUUACAAAUGAUGACUUCAGAAAACUCUUGAUGACACCCAGAAUGUCUGCACCAAGUGUUGCACCUCCAUCUGCUAAUGUAGCCAAGUUAAAGUUACAAAGCAAGACAUACAAUGACCAUGAUAAUCCUGCUUCAUUACGGAGAAAACGUAAAAGUCAUUAUGCCAAGUUAAAAAAACUUGAGGAAGAAAGAGAGAAAGAACUUGCUGCAAAAUAUCGAGAUCGGGCACGUGAAAGAAGGGAAGGCUUUAAUCCAGAUUAUCAAGGAACUGAUGUCAAUCUCAAAGCAUCAGGAGAUUAUAAAGCAGUUGGUCCUACUGUUGAAGCUACAAAUACUGCGGUUUUCUAAAUACUGGCUGAAAUAAGGAAACGGGCAAUACAAGAAAGUAAAUUUUUGGGUGGUGAUAUGGAACACACACAUUUAGUUAAAGGUCUUGAUUUUGCUUUACUACAAAAGGUGCGCAGCGAGAUUACCGCUCAAGAAUAUGUAGAUGAAGAAAUAACAAGAAAAAGUAAAUAUAAACCACAGAGCGAUAGAAUCACCAAGGUUGCUGACAAAGAGAUGAAAAGUGAUGAUGAUAGCGAUGAAGAUGUUAAUGUGGAAAUUUCUACUGCUUUAGGUAACACUUGUUUAUAUUUUAACAUGUCAAAAAAUUAUAGAUCUGUAUUUAAGAGCAAGCCAGCAGACAAGAAUGAGUUAUUCCAACCAGGAAGAAUGGCAUACGUUUUUGAGUUGGAAGAUGAAUAUGUUGAAAGCGAUAUACCAACAACUUUAAUAAGAAGUAAAGCAGACUGUCCAGGAAUGGAGGCUCAAACAACGCUUACGACUAAUGACAUUGUCAUCAAUAAACUGACGCAAAUUUUGUCGUAUCUCAGGCAAGGAAUGAGAGGGAAAAAACUUAAAAAAGGAGAAAGGUUAGAGAUGAUUAAUGAACUUGAUUGCAAAAAUAAAGGAGUUGAUGUUGAACACCGCCAGAAAGAAAAAACACAAGUAUAUGAAAGUAUUUAUGAUGACAUUGGUGAUUAUGAUCCUACACACAACUCAAGAGAUGCGACAACAAAAUCUAAAGAUUCAAGAAAAUCAAAACAUCAUUAUUUUAACAAGGAUUCUUAUGAAAAUGAUCGCGAUGAUUUAAGAAAAGCAGAAAUUUCUGCUAAAGAUUUUGCCAAGAAUGUUACCAAACAAUUCAGCGACAAGGUUGCAUCUAAUGAAAAAGAUAAAAGAAAAUCUGGGAAACAACAAAAAUCCAAACAAAAUUAUGAUGAUCAUUACAUUGAAUGUUAUCCUGGAGGAAUGGAUGCAGAUUACAAUUAUGACAGUGAAGAAGAGGUGGAUUAUUCAAAAAUGGACAUGGGAAACAAAAAAGGUCCAAUCAAAAGAUGGGACUUUGAGACAGAAGAAGAAUAUAAUUCUUAUAUGGAAAGACGUGAAGCCUUACCAAAGGCAGCUUUCCAGUUUGGUGUAAAAAUGAGCGAUGGUCGAAAAACAAGAAGAACAGGACCAAAAGAUGAUAAAGCAAAGUUGGACAGAGAUUGGAAUAAGAUCAGCAAGAUUAUUUCCAAGAGAAAAACUGAUGGGGUUGAUGAUCGAUCCAGAGGAAGACAUGAUAACAAGAAAGCAAAAAUGUAUUGACAAGUGUAGUUUUACAAUAAAUAACUCUGCUUAUAUGUAUCCAGCUUCAUUUCUUUUCAAAUGGUUUUUAUUAACGUCAAUGGUAGCAGGUAUAUGUACAUGUACAAGCAAAUGUUAAAAUACAUAAAAUAUUGUCAAUUGAUUAGGUUUAAAAGCACAAUUUAUUUUCUAGUGAAUUGCUUUUGUAGACUGCUCUAUUGAUUCAAAGUCAAUUGUUAUUUUAUUCCUUUCUGGUUUGAAUUCACUGCAAAAUAAAAAAAAAUAUCAAAAUAA